CCUGCUGGCUAACCACGGUAAUUUGUGCUGCAGUUCAACGUUAAGAAAUCCACGGAGCCGGUCCAGCCUCGCCCUCUUCUGAAGUUCCCAGACAUCUAUGGCCCCAGGCCUGCGGUGACGGCUCCGGAGGUCAUCAACUACGCAGACUACACACUGGGGACCACAGAGGAGCCUGCUGCGCCUGCCAGUCCCCCUGCCCCCAGUGACAGUCGCCUCAAGAGGCAGGUCACGGAGGAGCUGUUCAUCCUUCCUCAGAACGGCGUGGUGGAGGACGUGUGCGUCAUGGAGACCUGGAACCCAGAGAAGGCGGCCAGCUGGAACCAGGCCCCCAAGCUGCACUACUGCCUGGACUACGACCGGCGCAAGGCCGAGCUGCUGGUGACCCGCCUGGAAGCUGUGACCAGUGACCACGACGGCGGCUGUGACUGCUACGUCCAAGGCAGUGUGGCCCACAGGACCGGCUCCGUGGAGGCCCAGACAGCGCUGAGGAAGCGGCAGCUGCUCACCACCUGGGAGGAGGGCCUGGUGCUGCCCCUGGCAGAGGAGGAGCUGCCCACAGCCAUGCUGACGCUGACCCUCAGGACCUGCGACCGCUUCUCCCGCCACAGUGUGGCUGGGGAGCUCCGCCUGGGCCUGGACGGGGUGUCUGUGCCUCUGGGGGCCGCCCAGUGGGGCGAGCUGAAGACCUCGGCUAAGGAGCCGUCUGCUGGAGCUGGAGAGGUCCUCCUGUCCAUCAGCUACCUCCCGGCCGCCAACCGCCUCCUGGUGGUGCUGAUCAAAGCCAAGAACCUGCACUCCAGCCAGGCCCGGGAGCUGCUGGGGAAGGAUGUCUCUGUCAAGGUGACCUUGAAGCACCAGGCUCAGAAGCUGAAGAAGAAGCAGACAAAACGGGCCAAGCACAAGAUCAACCCCGUGUGGAACGAGAUGAUCAUGUUCGAGCUGCCCGACGACCUGCUGAGGGCGUCCAGUGUGGAGCUGGAGGUGCUGAGCCAGGCCGAGGCGGGCCAGAGCUGGGCCCUGGGCCACUGCAGCCUGGGCCUGCACGCCUCUGGCUCCGAGCGCAGCCACUGGGAGGAGAUGCUCAAAAACCCCCGCAGGCAGAUUGCCAUGUGGCACCAACUGCAUCUGUAGGGCCCCCAGCCCGGCCUCCCUGGGCACAGCCCGGUCCUGCAGCCCCACGGUCCUCGGUCCUCGCCAACUCCCCUUGCGCCCGCCCUCCUUUGCGCUCAGAAGGCAGAACGGAUGUGUUAGCAAAGCCCAGGACCCUUCCCCUCUCACCACACUCCCGUUUUUAUAUAUAAAAAAAAAAUCACAAAGCCCGCCGGGCAGUGUGUGGAAACGGGACGUUAGGGCCACAGGAGCAGGUAGGCACUUCUGCUCACCUGUGUCCUGGAGAGUCCCGCACCAGGGGCACCCGCAGGCAGGUGUUGCAGGUGAGGUGGGCCAGGGGCGGGGAAGCUUUAGCUGAGGAAUUCUGGGUGCAAAGAAGAUGGUGACUUUUUAAAAAUAAGCAUCUUGAAAAAUAAAGAAAACCGUCCCGGAUCCACCCAUCCAUCAGGUCAUGGGGUGAGUGGCAGCUUGGCCAGCUCCAGCCCCAGGCAGGGACCAGCGAUUCUCAGACACUGGAACAUGAAGAAUCACCAGCAGAUCCCCGGCUGCCUGGGGGCGUCCCAGGUCAGUGUCCCCGGCCACGGCCCAGGCGCCUUCACCUUCAACCAGCACCAGUGAUUCCGACGCCGAGCGGGAGGACUGUGCUGGAGAGAUCCUUCUACAACAUUCCAGACAGCUCCAGCCAGCCCUUGACCGGCCAGGGGCGCCCAGUUCAAGGCCGGACUCCUCAUCUUAGAGUGGACUUAGAUAUCCUCUGGUUUUCAUUUACUUUAAUUCUUAAUUUAAAAAACUAUGCUUUUCCGAUCCUGCUCUUGGACGGCAUUGUGUGUAGUUGCUUUUUUAAUUGAAGAACUUUAUUGUUUUAUCUUCA